AUGAAAACCCUUCAAGAUCUUGUUAAUUGGGCAAUGGCAGAAGGCUUUAUCUUAACAAAGGUUAAACCUUAUAUGACUAACAAUAACAAGACAGGCUUUGUUGCAACAGGGAAUAUUAAGAAAGGUGAUGUAGUUCUUAAAGUUCCUUGUAAAUCAGCAUAUACAAGUAGCGAUAUAUCAGCAGAAAUUAAAGAUGAAUAUCCGGGCUGCGAAGCUCAAUCUUACUACGCUUUAGAGAUCGCCAAGAGUAUUCGAAAGAAGGAGAAGAACGCGUGGUGCUUCCUUGAUCAAGUCCCUGAUGAGCUUCUAAGAGAUAGUGUUUUGACAUGGCCAGAUAAUGUUAUCAAAGCUUUGCCCCGCCAAACCAACGACUUGGCGGCCGAUGUUAAAGCCAUGUAUACUGGCGACUGGACGAAGACCAAAUUGAGUCAGAAGAAAAAGAAUAUUGACAUCAAGGAAGAGGAGUUCAAGAAGGCAUGGAUAGUUGCUCAGACUAGAAUGCUUAUGUGCAGAGGCAUUAACGAGGAAGUAAUCCAGGUCAUGCUGCCAUUGGCAGAAAUGUUCAAUCAUGCAUCCGACGGUUGCCAUAUGGAGCUUUCUGAAGACUACUAUGAGUUCAGAGCAACCCGAAAUUAUAACACUGGGGACGAGGUCUGUUGGAAUUAUAACGAGCAAUAUACUAAUGACGAUUUGCUGUCAUGCUAUGGCUUUAUUGAGAAGAAUAAUAAGAAGAACUAUUUUGUCUUAGAUGAUUUUAUUCUCCCGAAACUAAAGAAGCUAUCUGGGGCGCCUAAGAAUGAGAAGGAAAGGAACCUUAUAACGCACAGGGAAUCUGGACUAUCAGGCGGAAUUACUGUGGAAUUAAAUGAUACUGCAGAGAACAGUCUCCGUUUCCUUAGGAAGCAGGAUAAGUCUCUGCCGGGCAACAGGCAAUUUGAGGACCAUCCUCUGGAGUUUGAUCACAUUGCAAAAGAGUUUCUUGGGGAGUUAGAAAUGAAAACUCUCGAAGAGUAUAGUAAGAUUGAGAAAGAUAUUAAAGAGUAUCCUAUUAUUAAGAAAAGAUGGGAAGAGCAUUUAAUGCUUAUAAAAAACGCUCUUAAGACUUAUAGCUACGAUGAAUAG